UUAUAAUGAUCAUUCAUGUUGUUAUUUCUCCCAUUCUUAUCAGAUGGAAAUUCAAGCCUGGCGAGCAACAGCCUCGAUGUUAAAUUGCCUCCUGAAUCUCCAGAACAGAGCAGACUGGAGGAUGAUCCAAGCCAGUCAGCCCAGGGGAUCGGUGAAGCGAUAGAAAAGGGAGAUACUGAACCUGUUCAUGAAAGUGAGUUGGUACCUUCAUGUUCUGAAGAGAGAGUGCAGGAGGGGGAUGAGUUAGAUUUUUCAGAAAUUCAAAAGAAGUUUAAACAGGAACCGACUUUUGCUGAAGACGAAGAAGAAUCAGAGGAUCUGGAUGAUGAUCAUUCUGAAGAUGAGUUCCAAAGGGCCAACCAUGGGGACGCUCAGUUAGAGCGUUCCACUUGCAAUGAGCAACUCCCUGGAAGUAGCGAUCUGAGAAGACAUAUGAAUAUCCACGAGCAAGAAAGGCCACACGAGUGUCCUUACUGUGACCAGAGAUAUGCGGAAAUGCAAGAUCUUACGGAACACAUCAGAAAGCAUGUUUGUUGUUCAAACUGUAGUAAAGUGUUUCCCAGUAUAGCCCAUCUAAAUGAGCAUUCGUGUGUAAGGGAUGAGCAAACGGGCGAGAUGGUCUAUCGUUGCACCCGCUGCCAAGAAGAAUUCUCGACGCAGAGUGCCCUUCAGGAACACAUGCAAAGUCAUACAGAUCAGGGAAGUGUGUUCAAGUGUUCUCACUGCGACAGAACCUUUGCAAAGAGACGUGUCCUCAACCAACAUCUGAUGACCCAUACAGCUCGGACACCAUACAAGCGUAUCUCUGAUGAUGACAGACGGCGUGUGGUUGAAGCCUUUGAGGGAAAUGAACAAGACUAUCUAGAAACGGCAGAUGAUCUUGGAAUAAAGAGGUCCACAGCUCGUUCUAUCGUGCGCACUUAUCUGGAAACGGGUAGAGCCGAAAAGCGUCCAAGAGGCGGAGCCCGUAACUCCAAGAUCGAUGAAGAGGUAAGAAACUACCUUCGGGCUGCUGUUGAAUCCAACCCAAGGCUUACACUCUCCCAGAUGAAGGAUAAACUGCAGGAAGAUCUUCCUCAGAAGCCAGACGUGUCAAUGUCGACAAUUGCGAGAGCUCUUGACGGGAUGCUUGUCUCUUUGACGCUACCAGAGGAUGCACAUGGUUCAAGGAACAGCCCAAGGGUUCUCCAACAACGAAGGGAGUACGCGGAGUGGUUCGUCCAACGAAGUGUUGUUGCUCACUGUGUUUUCAUUGACGAGUAUGGUUAUAAUAUAUGGACACGUCGCACUCAAGGAAAGAACCUACAGGGUACCACAGCUAGGAGGAUAGUACAUGGGCAAAGGGGUCAUAACUGUAAUGUAAUGCUUGCAGUUUCCGCAACUGUUGGUCUUGUGCAUCGUGAGAUAGACUUUGGUACGGUCACCCAUGAGAGGUUUGAGCGUUUCCUUGAAGCAACAUCCACAGAAUGCACCAAGCUGUUUCCUGAGAAUGCCCAAAUUGUCUUGAUCUAUGACGGUGCCAAGCCUCAUCUGAGAGCUAACCUUCCAGUCGAUGUCCGUGCUGUCAUGGAAACGAAAAUCCUUCCACCCUUCUCACCAUUCUUAAAUAUUGCCGAAGUGGCGCAUUGUUCAUUCAAGAACGCAGUGAUGACAUGUUUAGCGCAGCCUGCAUGGCAGUGUAGGAUUGGAGAUAAGAUGGGGGCUGAGCAAUCUGGAGUCAACCUUCAACAAUGGCGAUCUAACCUCCUGAAAGAGAUUGCAGAGCAGUGUAUUGACACCAUUACCCCUGCUAAAUGCACCCAGUGGUUUAACCACUCCAAGACGUAUCUGCCAAUGUGCCUAAAUAGUCAGGAAAUCACAGACAUACUCUGAGAAUAAAGUGCAAUUUAGAGAAAACUCCCUGAUUAGUAUGAAAAAAUGAGAUGAAUAAUAAGUCUAUGAAUUAGUUACCUAAUCUCUACCUUAUGCUCACAGUCGCUGACUUAUACCCUCAAGCUGUUUUUUUUUUCAUCUUUAUUUGGAAAGUGGGUGAUGAAAAAAGAUGAAAGAGUCUCACCAAACCAUUUAGUUUUAGGAUAAAAAUAGAAUUAGUCUACAUUUAAUUUACAAAGGUAUUUAAUGAGAACAUAUAAAGUGUAAGACAAGAAAUUUGAAAAAGAAAAGAUUAAUUUUGAUUGAAAAUGUACAUGUAUUUAAUAAGUGAUUUAGGAUUAUAAGAAUAGUGAGUGGUAAAUACAUGCAUACCUCAACUGAAACUAAUGUUCAAACAACAGAGAGCUGAAAACUAUUAGAAACAGUCAAAUUUUUUAACUGAGUUUAAUUUUUCAUUUAUCUAAGUGCAAAACCUGUUGCCUGCAUGUACAAUAUUAAAGAGGAAUUAUUGACCUAUAUCUGUGACAAAAGGAAGCAACUCUGUGAAAUGAGUUCUCGAGUAAAUUAGGAAACAUGUCAUUGUUAGAAAUAUAUUGAGUUUACUUGUUUUUUUUAAUCAAUUUAUCUAAGUGCAAAACCUGUUGCCUGCAUGUACAAUAUUAAAGAGGAAUUAUUGACCUAUAUCUGUGACAAAAAGGAAGCAACUCUGUGAAAUGAGUUUCCUAGUAUUUAUUAGGAAACAUGUCAUUGUUUUAUGUUAGAAAUAUAUUGAGUUUACCUGAUUUUUUUAAAUCAAUUUAUCUAAGUGCAAAACCUGUUGCCUGCAUGUACAAUAUUAAAGAGGAAUAUUGACCUAUAUCUGUGACAAAAGGAAGCAACUCUGUGAAAUGAGUUCCCUAGUAUUUAUUAGGAAACAUGUCAUUGUUUUAUGUUAGAAAUAUAUUGAGUUUACUUGCUUGUGAAUUGUCUACAUGUCAGCAAUUACGGGCAAUGUGACUCCAAUGCUUGGCAUUAAUACAAGCAUACAGAAAGUAUUCAAAAUCAAGAAAAAAGUCUCUUUUUUUAAAAGUCAGUUGCUUCCUUUUGUCAUUGGAUAGUAGUGUUAUCCUUCUUCCAUGUCAUACAUUUCAAAGUUGAAUGAUACCUCUUGCAAUAUUCAAUAGAAGUGUGUCAUACUUCUUUGCAUUCAAUGGAAAUGCAAUGUUUAAAAAAAAUGAUUGAAGAACUCUAAGGUUGAAAAAAAAAUGAAAGAAUGAUGGAAGAUUGGUUGCUUAAAAUUUAUAUAUAUAUUUUUUAAUUGAUUUUUAGAGUCAACUUUGGCUAGAGAAACUAAUUUGAGUUUGUUGUUUAUACUAGACAAGCAAAUCAUUACCUAUUCUUCUGAAAGAAAAAAAAAACAUUUCCUCUUCAUUUACGUCUCUUCUUACAUGGAAACAGUCAACUUAAUCUGAUGAAAAUUAUAAAGUUAUCAAGUUUAGUGAUGGACAUUUUGACUGGUUUCAAAUAUACUUUGCACUAAAUUUACAUUUGUGUUUCAUUCUCUGUGGUUUAACAAACUGGAAAAAGUAAUGUGAAAGGGAUUUGUACAAAAAAUAUUUAUUAUUUUCAAGAAAUCAUGGUUAUUUUCAUUCAGUUACAUUUGUUUUUCAAGAAACCAAGAAAUGGUGUUCCAACUCAAACAUGUUCUUUCUUUGAAAUGUUAUUAUCUUUUUAUAUUUUUCGAUGCACCUUUUGCAUUUACUAGCAAUGGAUUUGGCAAUACAUGUAAUGAAUUUUAUGUAUCAUAAUGAUUUCAUGUACAUGUGUAUUAGUCAGUGGCCUAGUGAGCAAAGGAAUGUAAUGAUGCUGAAAUAUUGUUUCUGAUACAGUCCAUGGUUUCUAUAAAUGAAUAUGAACAAAACAAGCAAAAUAAGGAUUGUCUUUUAAAAUAAUUCAUUUCUCUCAUAAAAAUGUUAGCUAUUUUUAUCUUACUUUCUCUUGUUCUGACAAACACAUUAGGGAAAGAGACGUUUUGAAGUAAUAAAUAGUUAUUUCUGUCAAAGAUUUUAUUAUUUUUCCCCCAUAAGAAGUGAAAGAGCAAAUAUAUGACAUAUUUGAAGAAGGAAUGUUUGCUACUCGACGUGGUCGGUCAUUUGUUUUGAUAAGUUCUCUUCUGAGAUUUGAAAAAAAGAAAGAUAAGAUACUAGACUAUGAUGUUCGAUUUGCCAAGAAUUUAAGUAAGUUUGAAAGUAUGAUGUUAAAAAAUAAUACAAUGAUUUAACUGACACAAUUAGAUAUGGGAUGGAGAUCACAACUCCAUUUCAUGUCAUUGAUUUUAGAACAUUGAUUUUUUUAUUUAAGAGACUAGAAUACAAUUUUAAAUAGGAUGGCAUGCUGAAAUUGUUAUAGAAAGAAGCAAAAGUGUUUGAGUCUUGUUUUUUAAAUUGUAACAGUCAUUUUACUUAGCUCUUUUAAUGUCAAUAAUUUUAUUGUAAUUUUCAGUAUUAACUUGCAAUAAAAGACAUGAUAAUGAACAAUGUGACUAUUCUCACUAAUAUGUCAGUAUAUCCUUUAAAAUUUUCCCCGAUAUGUUCUUGCGCAUUUUCUAAUCAUGGUCUUGAUUGUUGUUUUGUUAUAUCUUAAACUCGAUAUACUGUGUUUGUUGAUAUAUUUUUUUUGUUUUACAUUAUUAAACAAGUGUAAUGAUAAUCAUGAA